AGGAAGUGGUAAGGCUGACUAGCUGAAACUUCUCAGAGUAGAGACCAUUUUGUACCAGAGGAAGCAGUGUCUCUCUGGAACUAACUCACAGCAAAAUUUCAAUUGACCAGAACAGUUCCUUGACAGAAGCAGCUGGAGGCUGGGCAAGGAAUUCCUUGGAGGUGGCCACAGAGAGGGAAUCCAUGGCUGUGUCACUGGCAGCAGGGCUGUGAACACUCCCCGAGUGCCUCAGGGGGACACCAACCAUGGACCUGCGGAACGUCCCCUACCGCUCCGAUGUGCUCACCUGGGACCCAGAGGACUUAGCAGAAUAUUUCAGGACGCUAAAGUAUAAGGACUGUGAGAAAGUCGUGAGGAAGCACAGCAUAAGUGGACAAAGGUUUUUGAACAUGUCUGAAAAUGAUAUUCAGAAAUUCCCAAAGCUCAGAGUGCCAAUUGUAAGUAAAUUAAGCCAAGAAAUUAACAAAAAUGAAGGGAGGCUCUCUUUCCUUCCAAAAUGGGCCCAAACACAAAAAUCUCCAGAAAACACAGGGUACACUCAGGAUGACGGUGGCUGGUCCUCAUUUGAUGAUGAUGAUGAUGAUGACUAUGAAAGCCCUGAUGAAGGCCAGGAAAAGGAAGAUGAGGCUGACUAUGAAUCACCAACAGAGGAGCCUGAGGAAGCAGAACAUGACAGUGAUGGCUAUGAGCCACCUCCCUCCAAUAAUGAAGAAGCACAUCACAGUGUCAUAUUUCCUGCCAAGUCACUUCCAAGUAGCACAGAUUAUAUAGACAGACCUACAACAACCAGAUCAGUACAUCAGCUUCCACAUCAGCCUCCAGUACCGCCCCAGCGACCUGGCCUAACCCCAGGACCAGCCUCAUUUGGGGGAAGAAGUGCUACUCUGCCAGCUUUCCCUCCUCCACCAAGCAACAACGACUUGAGUAGAGACAGAAACAUGAAGCCUUUGAAACCCCCAGCUCCUUCUAUAGACAGAAGCACCAAACCCUCUCUGGAUCGCCUUGCUCCCCCAUACGAAAGAGAAAGCCCAGGGUCAGGGAAGAAGCCAGGCAUUCCUGAAAAGCCUCUGGUUUCACAGCUAAGAUCCCUGGGAGAACAGUUAGCAAUGAUGCCAAAACCUCCUGUCCCACCAAGUGACAGGUAUGAAAGAGGCAACCCACCUCCUCUAAGGAAGCAAAGCCCUGGAAAGCACAGCUGGCCACCACACAAGAAAAAUGAAGAUGAAGAAGACACUGCCCUGCAAAGACCAGUGCCACAGCUGUCUUUGCCCCCAUACAGCUCCAAUGCAUUCCCACCCAAAUCUAUCAAACCUCCACCAAAACCAGGAUCCAACAGCAUUCCUGCUGCAGAAAGCUCUAGAAACUUGUCUACAACUGGCUCUCUACCACCACGCUUCCGUCCAGGCAGCAACAGCAGAUCUCCUUCCAGAGGUCCAGCUGACAUGAGACCUCCCUUGCCAAUUCCUAGCAGACAGACUGUUUACCAGGCAAACACGGAGGAAGAUGAGGGCUCUCUGAAGGAUGAGUGGUACGUGGCCUUCGUCAGCCGGCCCGAGGCAGAGGCAGCGCUCCGCAAGAUAAACAAGGAUGGAACAUUCCUGGUGAGAGACAGCUCACGGAAAACAGUUACUCACCCCUAUGUCCUGAUGGUGCUGUACAGAGACAAAGUGUACAACAUCCAGAUCCGCUACCAGGAACAGGACCACUUAUACUUGUUAGGAACCAGCUUAAAAGGAAAAGAGGAGUUUUCUUCUGUAGCAGAUAUCAUUGACCAUUUCCAAAGAACACCCCUUCUUCUGAUUGAUGGAAAAGACAGAGGCUCAAGAAACCAGUGUAUGUUAAAAUAUGCUGCGGGACAUAUUUAAAUGAAACUUGAGAGAAGAUCACACAUAGUACUGAAGCCUUCUGAAGUUUGUAAACUUCAAGAUAUUUCCCUUUUCAGCAAACUAAAAUCCUGAUGUCAUUAAAAUUCACAGUUUCAAAGAAAAA